UAUUAUUCCGUCUGCGCAGUGCCUUUUGAGUGUAAUAUACCUAAAGUAACAGCAGCAGUCAGGUCUCACUGAUCACUGCGAGCACUUGCAUUUCUGACACUUUUUCUUCUAUGUGCCAUAUAUUUCUAAUGUCCUGACAGCGUUUGGAGUGAGCAGGGGCGAUGCGGCUGUUUUUGCGGUGCCUUUGGGGGCUAAUUUGGUUCGGGGUGUCUGCAAACCGCGCAGGAUCUCCUGUGUUUUCUGAUGAGAUUCCGUUUAAAAUCAACUGGCCGGGAGCAGACUUUACUCUGCCAAUGUCCGGAGUCCUGUACAAAGAAGAUGAUUAUGUUAUCAUGACAACUGCAGAAAAAGAGAAGUACAAGUGCUUAUUGCCAUCUUUGUCCGGCACUCAGGAGGAUGGUGCGAAGGAGUACAGUGGGCCAAACCCAGCAGAGUUGCUGGAGCCUUUAUUCAAACAGGACAGUUGCUCAUACAGAAUUGAGUCAUACUGGACAUAUGAGGUGUGCCAUGGGAAACAUGUACGGCAGUAUCACGAGGAAAAAGAGACGGGGCAGAAGCCAAACCUACAAGAAUACUUUCUGGGUACCAUGAAAAAAAGUGAUGGUGCAGAAUCAGAUACAGAAAAAUCCAGCACAUCUAACAGCGCUAAAGAAACUGAUGCUAACACAGAGGUGCCAACGAAGAAUAUAGAAGGUCAGUUGACGCCAUACUAUCCAGUACAGAUGGGACAUGGGACAGAAUGCCCUCUUAGACAGAAUGAGCCUCGCUCCACAACAGUGCUAUAUGUUUGCCACCCCGAGGCCAAGCACGAGAUCCUCACCAUUGCCGAGGUCCUCACCUGCCAGUAUGAGGUGGUGAUACUCACUCCCCUGCUCUGUUCACACCCCAAAUACAGGUUUAAGUCUUCCCCGGUGAAUGACAUCUUCUGCCAGGCUCUGGGUGGUUCUCCUCUCCGACCUCAGUCUCUCUCUCAGCUGGAGCGUGAGCAGGAAGAGCUGAGGAAGCCAUCGUUCAGCUCCAGCAUUGAGAGGCAAGAGAGAGGAUCCAGGGAGGAAGCAUAUACCUCUACCCAUAAGCCCCUGACGGUCGGUGGGCAGUCCAAGGUCACGGUUGGCACCACCCACAUCUCUCGUCUCACCGAUGAACAGCUGAUCAAGGAGUUUCUGAGUGGUUCCUACUGUCUACAUGGGGGUGUUGGAUGGUGGAAGUAUGAAUUUUGUUAUGGAAAGCACGUCCAGCAAUAUCACGAGGAAAAAGAGCAGGGGAAGAACAUUGUGGUGGUGGGUACCUGGAACCAUGAGGAUCAUUUAAACUGGGCCAAGAAGAAUGUGGCCCGAUCUUACCAUUUGAAGGACAGUGUACCACCCAAAGUGAAGGUUGUGUCUCACUUCUACGGCAAUGGAGAUGUUUGUGACCUAACCGGGAAACCAAGACAGGUUAUAGUCAAGCUUAAGUGUAAGGAAUCAGAUUCCCCUCAUGCUGUUACGGUAUACAUGCUGGAACCUCAGACUUGCCAAUACGUUCUUGGGGUCGAGUCACCAGUAAUAUGCAAGAUCCUGGACACUGCGGAUGAAAACGGUCUACUCUUUAUCCCUAGCUAACCUAAAUCAUUGGAAUAAAGAGGGAGAACUGAACAAUGAAGAAUUCAACGAAGGAGGACUGAAUAACGAAUGCUUGGAGGGAGAAAGAGAGAUGGUCUGAUAAUGUUCAGCAGAUCAUCGGCAUGCUGAAUCUCAGCCCUUUAAGAAACCAGUGAAAACUUCCUCAAUGACUGCUGUCUCUUGUUUAAAGACCAAACCGGAAGGUUUCUUGAAACUGUUUUAAACCUGAAGAUGCAGCUGGGACUGGUUUCUCAAUGUUUUAUUACCAAAUCUCAAACCUCAUCCAAUCCUUAUCUUUUGGCACGCUUAAAUGGCUGGCAGGUUGCCCGUCAAUAUCAGUUCAUUGGUUUUAACUGCAUAUUAUUUAUUUGGUCAAACUCCUUCUUGUUUUUAAAGAAAAAAUGUUGUUUUGAAGAAACUAAAAGGUAAUACACUGUCUUGUACGCACAGGAACGUGAAUGUAAUUAAACUAAUAUUUAAGAAUCA